AUGUCCACUAUUACUCUCGGAUUUGUGGAAUCGGCUCCUCCCUGGCAAUUAGUGUCACACUUGUUUCCUGACAAGGUCGGUGGUCGCCCCGCGUGGCUUGCUCUUAACCACCUUCCCCCUGAUCUAAGCUGUCCACACUGCAAAAACUCAAUGGCUUUCCUGCUCCAGCUAUAUUCCCCUCUUGAUGAGCGCGAGGACUGCUUCCACCGGAUGCUGUUUGUCUUCAUGUGUAAAAACGGCGUAUGUUUUCAACCGCAAAAUGGAGUUAAGGCAAAUCCGUUUCGUGUUUUUCGUUCACAGUUGCCAAAGGAAAAUCCCUACUACAGCUCGGACCCACCACCCGAUCCCAGCCAGGCUACGGAGGAAUCCACGCUGAAGCUGUUUCGAUCGGGCGAAGUGCCGACGCCAGGCAUCGUUGUCAACCUCUGCCCCGUGUGCGGGUGUCCAGGCUCAAAGAGUUGUGCGAACUGCAAAUUGGCGCAUUACUGUUCAAAGGAGCACCAGGCGAGUACGAUUCACUGGAAAGAGGGCCACAAAACCGGCUGUCCCAAUUACGACUACUUGGAUGAACUGUUUCGGUCUAACAGCUUCCUUCUGCCCGAGUUCGCUCUCACUUCUGAAACCUUCGAUAAGGGCGGUGACGAUACCACCGCAACUGAUGAAUCGGACGACGAUUUCGACGCCGAAAUCAUUGAAGGUCCCGACGUGUCAAAUGCUGAGAAAGAAGAGUUUGUCGCUCUAGAAAUGGUUUCACGUAAAGAAACCAAGGAAGAACGCACCUUUUUCCGGUUCAAGGAAAUUUUAAAGAAAGAACCCGAUCAGGUUGUGCGCUUCAACCGUGGCGGUUCGCCUCUGUGGGCCUCUCCCUGUCCCGUCGACCCACCACCUUGCUCAAUAUGUGGCGGGAAAAGGAUAUUCGAAUUUCAGAUUACACCGCAACUGUUGUCCUACCUGAAACUGGAUAAGGUCGGCGAGGCCUCUCCUGAUUUCGCAACGGUCUAUAUCUUCACCUGUGAGAAUUCCUGCCCCUUGGCGCUUUCCGGGGCCAUCGAAGGCACUUCGAGCCACGAGUACAUCGAAGAAUUCAUCACAUUCGACCCUGUGUCUUAG